AUGCCCGACUUUUUGAAGGACAGUCCGGCCUACGGGAACGUGUCGCGCGCCGGCGACGAGGCGCAAGUGGUGUUCUGCCUGCUGGAGCGGCCGCGCCUCGACCCGCGUGCGUGCAACUCUCGCAUCCGCGUCGGUAUGCCUGUCGUCCUGCUCUUCGUCAUCGCCGCUUCCUUUGUCUACGGAUGGACGGUUCUCGUGCCACUCGGCACCGCACCAUGCUGUGAGUCUUGGUGGUUGAUGCAGAUUAUGCUCCGCGUCAACAAGGUGGUGGGCCAGGCGGCCGGCGUCAGCGCAAUCCUAUUGAGCAUCUGGAUAGGCCUUGCCGAUCCUGGCUGGGCAGAUGCUGAAGCGUGGGGCCGGUGCAGCGUGCCUCAGUGCGGCGUGCUCCGGCCGCUCGGCUCGCAUCAUUGCAGCGAAUGCGGUCAGUGCUGUGCCGGUUUUGACCACCACUGCGGUUGGCUUGGCGUGUGCAUCGGCCAACGAACUCGCCUCCCGUUUAUACUGCUACUUGGGUGCGGUGGUGUCGCGUGGACGCUGUUGGGCGCCGCGUCGGUGCAAGCAGCGUAUGUGACCUUCGAUCGGCAGGUGGCUGGCUGGUGGGUUGUGCGGCACGGCAUCGAGGCGUACUUCUUCUCCCAGGCGGGGUCGUUCCUGCUUGGUUUUUGCCUCUUGCAGAGCUACCUCCUCCGCACCGGCCGGGCGUGGCACGCGUGGUUCGCUCGGAACGAAUCGCCCAGACAGGCACGCGUCGUCCCGAAGGGGAGAUCCGCCGCCGCCGGCUGUAGCCCCGAAUCGGCAUCGGACGAAGAGUCGCCUCCCGACCAGGCGCUGCUGCGCCGGAGCACGGCGCGACGGGAUAGGGAACUCUGA